GGACCUUUGGUAAUAACACGCUGGCGUCUUCAGGGUGGUGCAUGCUUUUGUCCGCGAGAGCGCCAUGGACUCCCGUUGUCUUUCCGUCCGCUCUCGGCUACCGGCUGGCCAGCGGAAAAAAGUGUUCUUUUGUUUUCUUCAAGAGGCUCGACUAGCCGCUUCGUCUUUACUCGUGCUUGCCGAGAAAUCGUUACGUUCGGCGGUCUGGUUGCCGUCCGUCUCGCAUAACUCUUGUUUCCGUCUCCCUGUUUUUCCUAGCCACCCCCAGCUCUUAUAUCUCCCGACAACGCUAUUUCAGAUGCAAGAUCCAGUUGCUACGUGUAUUUGACACUAACGUACCCCCCUUCCAACUCAGUUAUCUUUUCCCCUUCUGUCGCAGGGGAAGCGCAGUGAAUCCCGUGUCUCUUGAGAGCGACAGUGCCCGAAGGUCGAGUUAAUUUCGAUUUCGUGUUGCGCUUGGCUGCUGGCUGUGCGAUGAUUUAACGGCGGUGGCAGCUGCGGGAUUUCUUUUCCGUGGAAGUGUCAGCACAUUGAACGGCUGACCCGCUGCUUUGGUGUUUCGACUCGUGGAAAUCAGGCAAUUCUUCAGCUAUCAUGAGCGACGCUGGAGCAGAGGCAGUGCCGCCAGGAGGGCCGCAACCCUCCAUGUGUCAGGAUGCUGUCGAGCGCAUGCUCGAUGGAUUGGCUGUGGUGGGGCGGGUUUUCCGCGGAGCGUACACGACCGGCGCGAGUUGCGUGCGCCAAGUCUCCUACUCCGUCAAGGAGACGGUUCUGCAAAACUGGGACCGCUGCACAGGCAAGUGGGACACAGAGGCAAGCAGACCACCCAAAGUUCGGGAGGGCGUCGUUUAUUUCAGCGGCGGAGAAGAGUCGGAUGGCGGCGCCACAACGAGCCGCUCGACUGAAAGCAGCGCGUGACUGCAGUUCGGUGACAAGCAGUUCCACCGUGAAAGAGGGACGAGUCAAACAAGCCACCAAAGGCAGCAGCAGGUUUCAUCGAGCCUCCAGAAGACCCGCUGUAGGCUGUGUAUACUUGGCUUCAAGGCGAAGCCAAUAUUUCCGAGUAUACAUCGAGCUGUGUACAAGAGUGUGUGCGUACACAGGUGGGUGGAUAGGAACACACUGGAGUAUGCAGCUAUGUUUAACCAACGACGCCGGGACACCCGAGGCUCGAAAACGAGCAGUGAGAGCAUCCAGCGGUCGAUUUUCUGUUCGUGUCAAGAGCUACACCAGGAAGCGAUGGUUUGUGAAUGCCAAAGAUUGUCAGUCAUUGUUGAUAUCGCCCUUGUGAAUCCGCUUCUGGGUGUGGGGCGUUUUUUCCGUCCGUACAGUGACGGAGCGGCGGUGAGUUUCAAAGGCAACACUAUACGCUGUUCAUGCGGUGUCUGUCCUGUAGAGCAGCAGUUUGGCCUCCAGGGGAAACGUGAACUUAAAGAAGUUGCUUGCAGAUGAACGGGAAAGCAACACAUCUCGCGUCGAUACGGCUGCUCACAUCUGCUGUGUAGAGAGGGAAGUGUCAAAUUACGUUGGCAUUCUGCCUGCUGUUCGGCCAGAGAGCAGCGAACAUAUAUGUGCGCUUUCUGUGCAGAGUCUCUGCACCAUUUGCAUGCGCAUAGGUGAAGUGAGACAAUCGAUUCAUGUGCUCACAAUCCAUGCGACACUUUUGUUUAGAGGGAAAUAUGCCAAAAUGAGCUUCCAGGGUUUUUUUGCCACCUUGGCGGAUUGAAACGAACCCAUGAGAAACCCUUUUUUGCCUAUAGGGUAUUUUUUAAUCCCGGGGCAAAUGCGUGUUACCGACAGGUCUUGCGGUUCUACAUACACAAGGUCUUUUAGACACGCCUCAUUCCCUGUUCAUGUCACAAGUGCGGUAAUCUGUAGGUACCUCACAACUAGGUCGUCAGGAGAGAAUGAAAUAAUGACGGAGCCUAUAUGAAGGCGUCUCUUCUCCAUUUCAUCUUAGAAACUCAUGCCUUAUCGAGGCCAGAUGGGACACCUGUGACGCCGACUAGCCUUCGCGAGUUUAUACGGGUUCCGUACCUCCAGAGGACCAUUAAUUUCGAUGCCCCUGAAUAAAC